AAGAAAAAGUGGGAGAGAGAGAGAGAAAGUAUGAUAGAUGGACGUGCGUGGCGAUCGACGUGUCAAAGUAGAAGGGAUAAUUGGAUUUUUCAAAAGAACGUCUCUUUGGCAAGCCGAGAGCACUUCCUCGGCUCGGGACGAGCUUUGGCCGAGUUUGAGGAGCGUCGAGCUCGAGAACGAGUCAUAAUAAUAACGUCUCAUGCAAGGAUUCCGCCGCUUGUGAUUUCUAUCUUAAAUUUAAAUAGAAUAGUGGUGGUAGUGCCUGUUGGUGUUGGUACUGCUACUGCUACUGCUACUGCUGCUGGUGGUAGAAAUAUGCCACUGUUCGAGAGGACUUUGCAGAAGCUACCGAGAUGGGAACGAUACAAUGUGUGGCUGGAAUAUUGCCAGUACCAACGAAAAUCUGACGCUUCUAACGUACGAUAUUCUGUUAUGCUCGUCGUUGAUGCGAGCAAGGUAUAAUGCCGAAAUAUAUAUAAAAGAAAAUGCAUUGUACUCGCGAAAAUAGAUACUUAAUGUGUCACAAAGAGAUAAAUUAUAGUUGGAUAAUUUCGAAACUGUGAUGUUCUUAAACUCAUUUUCAAACUAUUUCAUUGUAAUAAUUUUUUUCUUUCAUUCUCAUUUUUUCGUCCAAUUAUUAAAAGAUAUAAAAUAAAUGUAUGCAAUUAUAAAAACAGAAAAGAGGACUAAAUAUGACAAUUCAUGAUUUUAACAUUCACGAAUUUAUUAUAACAAAAAUAGAAGAUCGUUCUUGAUCAUUGAAGAUACUGACUGAAAUAAUAAAUCCUGAUCCAAAGAUGUUAUGAUUAGGUACAUCCAACUAUCAUAA